AUGAAGACUGCUACCCUCGCCGCUCUCCUCGGCUUCUCGGCCUCGGCCCUGGCCAACUAUGUCGAUGUCGUCAGUUACUGGGGUGCCCAUCCCACCGCGGGCGAGCUUCCCCUGCGAUCCUACUGCGACCUCAAUGUCUACACCAUCAUCCACCUGUCCUUUAUCGAUCACCUGUCUCCCGCCGGCUUCGAUUCGGACAUCACCCAGCGCAACAUGACCGCCAUCGCCCAGGAUGUGCUGUACUGCCAGUCCAAGGGCAUCCGCAUCGGUAUCUCCGUCGGCGGUGCUCUCGGCUCCGUUGCUGUCUCGAGCGACGCCACCGGUAUCAGCAUCGCCAACGAUCUCUGGAACAACUUCCUGGCCGGCACUACUCCCCUGAGCCAGCGCGCCAUUCCCGGUGUCAUCUUUGAUGGCGUUGACUUUGAUAUCGAAGCCGGUGGAAGCGGCAACAACGGCUAUGCCGCCAUGACCAACACCCUGCGAUCCUACAUCGUCGCCUCUGGUCGCGACAUUUACAUCUCUGCCGCUCCCCAGUGCCCGAUUCCCGAUGCCAACAUGGACUACACCCUGAGAAACGGCUGGUUCGACUUUGUCGCAGUCCAGUUCUACUCGGCCCCUUGUGGUCUUGGCUUCAGCGGCUCGCCCAACGGCCCCAACUACGCUGACAACAGCUCCAUCUGGGACCACGGCGCCGGCUCGUGGAUGGCCCAGGUGCCCAACUGGCAGAACUGGAAUGCCAAGCUCAUGGUCGGCUUCCCUGCCUCCUCCAGCGCCGGCAACUACGGCGGUGGUGACAUCCCCACGCUCCUGAAGCAGUACGUCCCCGGAUGGCAGGCUCUCAACCCCACCGUCUUUGGUGGUCUGAUGUGGUGGGAU